AUGCCGCCUGCCUACUCAUCUCCCAAGCCGCUAAGCACCACCGGUAUGGUGUCUAUCAAGCUAGCAGAGAUCUCCCGCUCAGAUAUCGUCGGCCUCACUUCAACCUCGGCCUCGGCAACUAUCACCGACGCCGUCCCGCUCGCGUCGUACAAAUGGUUCCCAGACUACCCCCUCUCUCCUCUCUUCCGCUCCGGCUGCAUAUCCAAGCCGGACUCUGACAUUCGCCCUGUCGACCUCGUAACCGAUCGAAACAACAUGCGCAAGCUCUUGACAUUUGCCAACCCAAACAGCUCAAACUUUGGCCACGAAGAGUUCACCCUCCAAGUUGAGAUUGCCAACAAAACUGCCGUGUUCUGCCGUGAUGUGGCCCGGAUGUACCGUGUCGUUGGGCCCCAGGACUUCCUCGGGUACGGGCACGCGUUUGAGAAGAAAUACACGCGGUAA